CUUGCGCAGUUGCAGCUUAUCGUUCGUGAGCGGACCCCUUUCAAAGAACGUCAUGCGCAUCCCAGGUAAACUCCAAGCGAGUCGGUCGCCCCUGAAUUGACUCUGCACCGAGCUGGAUGACUACAGGCGACAUGUACGGAAAUGGCCAGACACGACUGCCCAAUCCUUAUCCGGAUGUGCAAUGUUGCUCAUAUCACACGAAAUGCACUUUGUUAGCGCAUGCACGUGCGUGGCGAUUGCGUGGGCAAUUGUCGUGUACCAUGCGUCUACGUCAGACCAUUCGAGCGACCUCGCGCACCUCGGCUCGGUGUCGGCAUCACAUGCAACAGUGUGGCUCUUUUCGUUGACGGCGACGGAAGCGCGCGUGUCGUACACUUCCGAGCACAACGUGUGGGGUGUGGUAACAGCCGACUUUUCCGACAACGACCCAACUUUGACGAUCGCGCUGCGCGAUCUCGUGGCAGACACUCGCUACACCGUCGCGAUUGCGUUCGUGAACAAAUCCACCAACGUGACAUUGCGCUCGACGACCCUGUCGUUAAAGACUCUCGCGACUUACAUGUCCACCGUUCGAUUUGCUUUUGGAUCGUGCACGAUGGCUGUCCCGUUGUUGCAUACCAUCACAGGGUUCAGUGGCAACCUCGACUACAUUGCUACGCGGCUCAAACCCGACUUCAUGCUGCUUCUGGGCGACCAAAUCUAUGCCGAUGUCGACUUGGCGCACAAUACCGAGCUCUUGUAUCGAACGACAGUUCAUGAUCACCAGUACGCCACGGUUGGAAUGUCCACGCCCAUCUUUAGCAUCUACGACGACCAUGAAAUUCGAAAUGACUGGAAUGAAGGACCUCUCGAUCCACUGUACCUCGACCGUAUUCAAUACUACACUCGGUACUUUGGCAAUCGAAACCCAGAAUCCCUUGAGAAUGGCGAGCACUAUUACACUUGGAGCACCGGUGUCGCGGCCUUCUUCAUGCUGGACGUGCGGAAGUAUGCCUCCCCCAAAGCAGCGCCAGACGGUCCGACCAAGACCAAGCUCGGGGUCACGCAGAAACAACACUUGCUUCGCUGGCUCCAAGCAUCCACCGAGCCUUUUAAAGUUGUUAUUUCGUCCAUGGUCGUGUCCGAUAUGGGCAUCCAAGCGACGGGCGAAGGAUGGGCACGAUAUGGCGCCGAGUACCAUGAAAUAUUCGACUAUGUCCAGGCGCAUAAUGUGUCGGGAGUCGUUUUGCUCUCUGGGGACUUGCAUUUUGCCGGCGUGUGGCAGCACUCACCGUACAGCUUUCUCUAUGAAGUCGGCGCGUCGCCAAUCUCAGCGUUUCCAGUGAUCCCGAUCCACUCGGUCAAAUCCACGCACAAAACGCUAUUUCAAAGCUGGACAGGGCUUCAUUUUGGACACAUCACCAUCGUGGACAAAAGUCGGAGUGACGGAAGUCCUGCGAUGGAGAUUGUGAUGUACCAAAGUCGCCUGGGCCAGCCCCGACCAGCGUUCUCCAUGCGCCUAAAUUGGACAAACACCAUUCCAAAGCCAUGGGCGAUGAAUUGAGAAGAAUGUAGCAACAUGCGAAACAAGAAAACACACCAUGCCUUGAAUGGAGUGUGUCUAGGAUCAGCUCCGUUCCUAAAUCCCGAGCCCGUUCUCUCCAUGGUAGUCACAGUAGCAUGGGACACCAACGGCAGGGGAUUGCUGGUCCAAGAAACUUCGAUUGCAUCGCGAGGCCUUGCGACUUAGUGAGUGAACUUGCCAAUGUAUUUCGCAUGGCA